UCUUGUGCAUGCAUUCAUGAUUAAGCCUCUUGUUACAACUUACAAAAUGGUCUACACUCAGUGACAAUGGGCUUAGAAGAGCUAGUUGGUUGUUAGUUAAUGGUAGUUAUUACUAUUUCCAAGGAGUCCCCCUCACAUAUUUGAUCAUCUGGUCCUUCACCACCACCAUCUCCUCUUCCCUUUCCUUCUUUCUCCCAAUCCGUCGUAAUUGGACUAUUUACGACGGAUUUUAGUGUUAAAAAUCUGUCGUAAAUAGGCUUAUUUGUUGUAGUGAGCUCUUAAUGGACUACAACUACUUGACAGAACUCGACGGGAAGAGACUUCACGAUCCACGCCUCACGCGGCCUAAAACAAUGACGACAACAUCACGAAUUCGGGUGGAGGGGCCGGUUAUAGUGGGAGCCGGGCCAUCAGGGCUGGCCGUGGCGGCCUGUUUAAGGCAGAGGGGAAUUCCAAGCUUGAUCCUCGAAAGGGCGAAUUGUUUGGCCUCUUUGUGGCAGCUCAAGACGUAUGAUCGCCUUCGCCUUCACCUCCCGAAACACUUGUGCCAGCUUCCUCACAUGCCUUUCCCUCAGGACUUCCCAACUUACCCUACCAAGCAGCAAUUCGUCGCGUACUUGAUGGCGUAUGCCAAGGCCUUUCACAUCGAGCCGGAGUAUAAUACGACGGUUGUGAGUGCAGAGUUUGAUAAUAAUUGUGAUUUUUGGAGAAUGAAGACCGUUAAGGGAGAAUUGGAAUUGGAGAGUGGUGAAAUUGAGUAUGUCUGUAAAUGGCUUGUCGUCGCGAGUGGGGAGAAUGCUGAGGAGGUGAAGCCGGAGUUUGAAGGAAUGGAUGAGUUUCGGGGACCUAUAAUUCAUACAAGCCACUACAAGAGUGGUGAUCCGUUUCGCGAUAAAAGGGUUUUGGUUGUAGGCUGUGGGAAUUCGGGCAUGGAGAUUUGUUUGGAUCUCUGCAACUAUAAUGCUAGGCCAUCUCUGGUUGUUCGAGACACCUUGCAUGUUUUGCCACAAGAGAUGCUUGGGAGAUCAACUUUUGGAGUGUCCAUGUGGUUGCUCAAGUGGCUGCCCAUACGCUUUGUGGAUUGUUUUUUGCUUCUUGUUUCGCGUCUCACCAUUGGUGACACGGAUCAACUCGGACUCUACAGACCUAAACUUGGUCCCCUCGAAUUAAAGAAAAAAACAGGGAAGACGCCCGUAUUAGAUGUGGGAACUCUUGCCAAGAUUCGAAACGGGAGUAUUAAGGUGUUUCCUGGAGUAAAGAGGUUCACUUGUCAUGCGAUAGAGUUCGUAGACGGGAGAACAGAAAAUUUCGAUGCUAUAAUUUUAGCGACAGGCUACAAAAAUAAUAUACCGUCUUGGUUAAAGGAUAAUGUUUUGUUUUCGAAAAAAGAUGGACACUCUAAGAAACCAUUCCGGCCGGAAGGAUGGAAAGGCGAAAAUGGUCUAUACUCUGUUGGAUUCGCGAAGCGUGGCUUACUUGGCACAUCAAUGGAUGCAGAGAGAGUUGCAGAAGACAUUGAGCUCCAAUGGUACUUAAAAGAUUCGAAAAUUAUUACGGAGUCAGUUGAUCAAGUACCAGAAAUCGAAAGGGUUCUGUGUAAUUUAUGAGGUCCUUGCACAUUUAGACAAAGGGCAAACAAGUUAAGGGGCAAUUCAGACUUAGCAUUGCAUUGUAUUUGUAUAAGAGUACAUAUAGACGUAGGAAAAGAAGCGGUAGUUAUGUAUAUAAACACAUUAUUUUCUGUAGAUAUAAAAUUUUUGAGGGGUGGAUGUUUAAUAUUUAUGUAAAUUUGAAAUAUGGCGGUGUUUGUUUGUAUGCGGAUGA